AUGGCGAGGACAAAGCAAACUAAGAGGGUAUCGUCUGAAGAGUUGGCCGAUCGUCGUGCCUAUCUCCACGCUUCUCAUAGGCGAGGUGAUCAUGAUACAGAUGUGUCGACUUCUCGGAAGCGGGCUAGGAAGGGUGCUAUGAAGGGGGCUCCGAAGGCGACCACUGAGGUUCCUGCCCCUGCUACUGAGGUUCCUGCUACUGAGGUUCCUGCUCUCUCGACGCCUGAGGUUACUGCUACUGAGGUUUCUCCUCAGUCGACGCCUGAGGUUACCGCCCACGAUACUGUUGAGCCUUCCACCUCUUCACUUGAUAUUGAUGCAGUUGAGGAGCCGGAGUCGGAGUCGGGGUCUGAGUCUGAGAUUGAGGGUGAGGAUGUAGAGGUAGAGGAUCCGAAUAUGCCGCCGCUCCAGAGAGAUCCACCGUUUCCUGGUGGGCCGGUUGAGUUGUCACUUCUGCAGCAUUACCCGGAUCACAUAGCGCUGUGGACGUGGCAUACCCUACUAGGCACCACUGACCCUCGUUAUUCUGAGCGAGGUGAUUUGAGGCUUGCCACUGCUGGUACGAAGCUCGGGCUGAUGACGUGUGAGGGGGACAAUUACAGAGAGGUCCGCUUGAUUGUGGAGAGGAGCGGACUGUAUCCACUGGUCAGGUGCAGCUAUGUAGAGACGGAUCCAGGGCUUAUAUCGGCCCUUGUGGAGAGGUGGCACGAGGAGACUAGUAGUUUCCACAUGCCAUUUGGGGAGAUGACUGUCACCCUUGACGACGUCUCCGCUCUUCUUCACAUCCCGGUUGGUGGGAGAUUCUACACUCCAGGAGUGGCCUCGAGAUAUGAUGUGGCAGAGACCUGCGCUUUGCUGUUAGGGGGGGAUGCAGAUUUGUACAUGGCUGAGUUUGAUAGGCUUAGGGGUCCGACUAUGAGGUUCAGCUUCUUGCGAGACCUUUACCCGAAAGCUGUUGCAGAGGGGUGGUACGAGCAUGCAGCCAGGAUGUACCUGAUGCAUCUUGUUGGCGCGACAUUGUUCGCCGACAAGAGUGGGGGGCACUCAUUCUCCGCCCGUUGGAUAGGCAUGCUACAGGAUCUUGAGCGGGUGUCGGAGUUCGCGUGGGGCGCCAUGGCCCUUGCCACGUUGUACGACCAGCUUGGACAGUCUUCUCGCAGCGGGGUCAAACAGAUGGGCGACAGGCUCGUUCGCCGGUAUGCGAACCCGGCUUACACAGAGGACCAGCCCAGAGCUCGUAGGUGGACAGAGUCACGGUCGAGGCAUGCUAGGCUUGACGAGAGGCGAGUACUACUUAAUGAGUUGACGGCCGACGACGUCACUUGGACUCCAUAUGAGGCCCACAGGGAAUGGCGACAGCGGGAUGAGAGGGCUUUGUUCUCAGGCUACAUUCGGUGUCCCUAUCCCCCUGCUGUGCGACCUCAUCUUCCGGAGCGGGUCAUGCGACAGUUUGGGUAUAUACAGACGAUCCCGCGCCACCCUAGUGAGAUGGAUAGAUCUCCCGCAGCUGAGGUUGUUGAUGCGGCAUUCGCAGGUUAUGUGCAGUACUUGUUCCCUGAGGGCGACCCUGCUAUAGAGGAGGGACAGGUUGUGGGCGGUUACAUGGAUUGGUACGCUAGAGUGUCUCAUUGUUUCAUCAUACCGGAUGAGAGGAGGAUUGAUCUCAGUGCCGUGGCUGCUUUGCGUAGGGCUUUAGAAGUCCUUGAGUUGUCACUUGAGGUGGAUGAUGCUUUGCUGCCAGGCACACAGGCCCGCGCUUUAACGGAGAUAGCACUUCGCAUCCUCCAGGACUUGGCUGGGACACAGGGCAUUGCUUACGCUGCUGGGAGAGGAGGUCUGGGAGCAGGUGGCCGAGUAGGUGGCCGAGCCGGCGGCCGAGCAGGUGGCCGAGCAGGUGGCCGGGAGGGCGGCAGGGCAGCAGGUGGCCGGGAGGGCGGCAGGGCAGAAGCCAGGGGAGGUCGUAGGGGUAGGGGAGGUCGUCGGGGUAGGGGACAGUAGGGGACAUUAGUUGUAUGAGCAUUUUGUUGACAUUACUAUUAUGAUAUUAGGGGACUAUGUAUUUUGCACUACUAUUUCGGAUUAGUAUGAGUUUUAUCUUCACUUUAACGUAUAUUUUUUUUUAUUUUUCACUUUUACCCUAAACCCUAAUAAUUUGUGAGCUUUAUCUUCACUUUAACAUUUUUUUUUCUUUUUCACUUUUAUAAUCAACCCUAAUAAUUUUAAAAAUCAAUAACUUUUAUAACCAACCCUAAUAAUCAACCCUUGUAAUGGAAACCAAAACCUGGCACUCAACAACACAAACCCUUGUAAUGAAGUUUAAUCUUCAAGAUAUAAUCCGAAACUUCAACCUUCGGAUCAGUAUGAAACUUCAUCCUUCGGAUUAGUAUGAAACUUCAACUUCCGGACACCUCUGACAGAUUCUAUCACCUUUUUCAGCACCAUUACUCCAUAGCUUCACCUACCUCACCACCAUUAUGGCCUGCAUAAACUCCUCAACCACCAAACCACCCCCCAUUACAUUUCACUUCUGAUCACCCUCACUCCCUCACUUCCUCUUUUCUUACUACCCCUCAACCCCCCACCACCAUCAUUGCACCACCAACAACAACCUUCAUGCACCACCAACAACAACCUUCAUCAACCAGCACCACCUUGGUAUGUAUCAUUGCAUCCAUUAUAAUUUGCCAAUAAUAUACAUUUGUUUAUAUUUUCUACC